UAAGUUUCAGAAUGUCCAUAAGAAUGUUAAGCUUGGGUUUUCUUGUCUUCUGGGUCCUGAUUGACUGUUGUCAUUGCAUUUCCAAAACAAUCCGAGUUCUUGAAAAACCAAACAUAAGGCCGCUUUAUUUCAAUGCAUCGGUAUCACCAGGGGAGAACAAAGUAACUGUGAAUGGGAGAUUGAUGUGCCCCGAAGACACAAACGUAUCUUUUUUUGAAUAUUAUGAUGGAAGACUUAUCAGAUUUGACAAAGUGUUGAAUGCAAAGGAAAAUACUACAGAAUGUGAAAUAGCUUUGAAUUAUGAUGCAGGAAGAUAUAGACCAUCAUUUUGGGUCAGAUCAAAAUCUACAUCAGAAAGGCUCCUUAUCUAUGUGAGCAUGAAUGUAAAUAACCAUUUACAGACUGAUUUUUCCGGAACAGAGUGUUCAGUUGGUUUAGACAGGUCCACACAUAAAAAGACAAUCAAGUACAUUUCACGAAUUCAGAAUUGUGACCAGAAUCCUCGCAUUCGGGAGACUUUUUCUUUUUCGCUUAGAGUAUCUGGAAAAUUUAGUUCAUUAACUUCAGACGUAUACUGUUCCGAUUUCAAAUCAAAGUCAAUGAAAUAUUUCAAAUCUAGAUGUUCAUCGGAAAUGUCCAGUGACCCCUUUUACAUUGAGUUCUAUGAAGAUAAGAUGGCCGCCGACAAUGUUAAAUUAUUAGACCUCAGUUACAGUUUUCAGCCAAUGGAAAGUUGUUCUAUAGCAUGCGAUCCAGCUAACAGGCGUUGGUGGUUCAUGCCCGUGGUAAAUUGUACUAAAGCAUGUGUUGUAGCCAACAAGCGAUGGUAUUUCUCAAUAAUUUAG